UGAUAGAAACCACACAUCAAAAUUUUAGUAUAAAUAAAACACCAUAAAGAUAAACCUGGGAGUAUAUUUAGUGUUUAUUAUGAUGCGAGCAGUAGUGGAGGCCGCCUUGGAAGUGUUUGUAUCGGCCAGAGGAGCGUGAGUCUGAGAUGUCCACCACGCUCAUUUACCCACACCAUUGACCACUUCACUCAGGGGGUCGUUGCUGUACAAUGGAGCAGCGCGCCGCCCCGCCCCACCACACCAGCAAGCACGGGGGUCCUCAGAAACAUGCACCGCCACCACCACACCAGUCCAAGAGGAACUACAAGCUACUCAUUGACCCGGUACUUGUUAAUGGGGCCAGUAAGCUAUACAGGUUUGAGGGCGUGGUGGAAGGUGACCCGACUUACCCUCCCGUCGUGCUCCGUGACCCAAGAAAACACAAAAUAUGGAUUCGACCGGAGACUAUGGACCUCACAGUCCCUCGCUUUAAGAUCGACUCAGACUAUGUAGGUCCACCACCACCGCUUGAAGUCACCAUCUUCAACAUCAACGAUAAUAUUGACAACCAGUUUCUCCAUAAUGAAAUCGUCAACAAGCACCAGUGUGGGUCGAUUCAGCAGCUGGAGAUCUUCACCCACGAACUGUCCCGCAAGCACCUGGGUGUGGGCCGCCUGGUGUUUGAGGAGCCGGAGUCAGCGCGGCACUGUGUCAAGAAGCUCAACAAUGUCACUCUCAUGGGCAAGGUGCUGCAGGUUUUCCUUGACCCUUUUGGUCAGGAAUGCAAGAAGCGUGUGGCUGAGGUCGGGGAGCAGCUGGAGGAAGAGGCAAAGCGAGAGGAGGAAGCCAAGGAAGCCAAGAAGAGACCACCACCACCCGCCAAGCCACCGCCGCCACCACCGCCACCUUCUUCUGACGAGGAGAGUCAAUCCAGUCGAGACCGAGAGAGGCGGAAUGCUGAGAAGACUGAGUUUGACCGCACCAGAUUUGAGGAGCCCAGGAAGCCCAGCGUGCCAGCACUACCUCCGCCUCAACAACCACCACCACCACCACACUCCUCCUCCAACUCCACUGUGCAGCCUCCGUUCUUCCCUGAGCACCGGCAGGCAGCACAGUUCCCCUACCAGCAACAGAACUUUCCUGGCUAUGAGCAGUACCACUACCCCGGCUACCCCUACCAUGAGUACCGUGGAACGUACCCAGCUGGUGUCAGUGGCAGUCAUCAUUGGGGGGGUGGAGGUACCUCUGCCCCCCCACUACCUCCACCACAGACCUGGCCCCCUGCCCCGCCACACCAGCCUGGCCACCCGCCACCCCCCGACCACCACCCACCACCCCAGCACUCCUGGGACGCCACCCGGUACCACUACCAGCGCAACUCCCACCCAGAGUCCUUUGAGGGGCCGGGGGGGGCCGCCCCUGCACCUCCGGCCGCCCCCCCCGGCCGGCCCAAGUCUGAGGAGCGGCCGGAAGGGGCGGAGGCGACGGCCGCCAUCAAGCCCAAGCCAGAGUCUGAGGAGGAGGAGGACAAGAGCAGCCUGGACCUGGACACGCGCAUUGCCAUGCUGCUGCAGAACAAGGACAGUGGCAUGGCCCCGCCCUUCCUGGCUCUUGGCAUUGGCAGCGAUGAGGACGAGAAUGGCAAGGACACCUCCCGUACCUCUGAGGGGGCGCCCAGGGAUGGGGAUGCUGCUGCCCAGGCUGCAGCUGCCACUGCCAGCACUUCAACCUCCAGUUCCAGCAGCAGCGGCACCUCUGAUGGGGAGACGGACUCCUCCUGUGGCAGUGGCAGUGACAGUGAGGUGGGGGAGGGCUCCAUGGGCUCCAUUGAGGGGGAGGCCCAGGCAGGUUGGGGGGCAGGGGGUGAGGGGCCCCAGGAGCCACUGUCCACCCCUCCCUCCCCCUUCCUCUCCCAGGAAAUGUACCUGCACUGGCAUGAGAAGAGCAAUGAGCUCAAGAUGGAGGCCCAGCGCCGGGAGAAGGAGGAGAACAGGGAGCGCCUCAAGAAACUCAAGAAGAAGAAGGUGAAGAAGAAAGAAAAGGUGGAGAAGGUGGCAGUGAAGGAGGAGGUGAAGCAGGAGGUGAAGGAGGAGAAUGAGGCGGGCGGGGGGGAGGAGGGGCAGGUGAAUGGCCUGGAUGACGACAGGAUGAGUCUGUCCAGCCUCAGCUCCACCGAGGACCCCAUCCUGCACCAGGACGUCCCCAUCCCCCCUGGCCCCUACUCUGCUCCUCCCCCAGGUUACCCCCACUAUGCCGCACCCCCUGGCUACCCCACUUCGUACCUGCCCCCCGGCUACCCCGCCACGGCAUCCUUGCCCCAGGAGACCACCUACACCUGGCAGCCCCCUCCCCCAGGACCUGGUUACCCCACCAGUUUAGUCUCUAGUUACCCUGGCUACAACCCCGGUUACAUGGCCCUGUCCUCCAACUAUCCCCAGCUCACCCACCCUCCACCAGGCACCAGCCUCACGGGGCAGAACCAGUACCCGUACUUCGGCCCUGGGUAUCCGCCGCCGCAGACCAGGGACGCCAACCACAAGAGUGGGGAGUACCAUGACCCGACCAUCAAUGCGGUGCUUGACACAGUCAUUGAGGAGCUGAAGAACAUCCUCAAGCGUGACUUCAACAAGCGCAUGAUUGAAGCGACGGCCUUCAAGACGUUCGAGGCAUGGUGGGAUGAGCAGGAGAGGAAGUUCAAGGCCCAGAGUGUGGUGCGGGAAAACAACACGGAUGCAGUGGCAGGUCCCCAGACAAGAAUUGAGAAGAUCAACUCCAUCUCCUCAUUACUGGAGACUCGGGAAGGCUUCGGACUGGACUCACUGGGCUCCCUUGGCCUUGGCUUUAGAGCGGCCAUGCCCAAGAUGCCCUCCUUCAGGAAAGUGCCCAAGAUCAAGCCUCUCUCACCGCCAUGCAUGGACGAGGACAGCCGGGGUGUGCCGUCAGAUGAGGACAGCAAACAGUCGCAGCAGAAGAGAGUGGAAUCCUCAGACUCAGACUCUGGCCCUGAGGACAUUGUGCCCCAACCCAAACCCAAACCUUCACCAGCGACCACCAAGAGAAAAAUCAAGUGUUCCUCGGAUGACUCAGCGGUCAGUGAAGUAUCGUCGGAGGAGGAGAAGUACGACUCCUCCUCUUCCUCCUCGUCUUCCUCCUCCUCUAGUUCCGAGUCCUCUGAUUCUGAGUCAGAGUCGGAGUCUUCUUCAUCCGAGAGUGAAGAAGAGAAGGAGGCAGAGAAGAUCGUGGAAGAAGGGGAGGAGGAGGAGGAGGUGGCAAAGGCAACGAAGAAGGUGACUGAAGAUGAGCCAUCAGAACUCAAGGAGCUGCGGAGACUUGAGGCGGAGUUUGAGGCAGACGUGAGGUCGGUGGUGGAGAGUGUGAUGAGGACACCGGAACACGACCGACCUGCCACACCACUGCCUGAGCUACUGCCAGAUGAGGACCAAGAUGCCUGGAUGGCCGAUGCAGAAGAAGAUGCCACCCCUGUCCCAUGCCCGCCUCCAGUGAAGAAGUCAUCACCAUCCAUACCUAAAAAGACCACAACCACUCCCACCACCACCACCACCACAACCAAGACCAAGAAGCCCCCGAAACCAAGGAAACCCAGAUCACCAGUCACCAAGAAGGCCAGCAAGCCGUCGCCGCCCCUCACACCCAAGCGGGACAAGACACAGAAAGCCAAGGAGAGGAGAAAAGAGGAGCAGCCCGUGGUGCCUCCCCCUGCCGUCCAGGACCACGACUCAGAGACGGACACAGCAGAUGAGAAGAGUGACCUGGAGGACGGGUUAGGUGAGUCAGCAGAGGCAGCCGAGGCACUCAUGGCCCUGGCUGGUGCUGAUGUCAACGGGAGAGUGCGUUCCUCCUCCUCCUCCUCCUCCAGCACCUCCACCACCUCGUCAUCGUCGCAGCGCACCGGUGGCAGCACUGGGGAGGAGGAGAGGUCACCAGUACUCAUGGAACACAGCUACUGUCUCCCGUGGGCACCGAAGGAUGGCACUAAUGCAUCCUUCUUGCCACCUGCAGAAGAAUCAGCCGAGAAGGACCAGAAGAUGGUGGUUGGUAACUCAGACCACGACUACACCAGACCAAGGACGCCACCCGAUGCAGAGAAGCUGAAGGUGCCUAAACUUGGGGCCAGCAAACUGACGCCACCCAAACCCAGAGGAAAGGAGAACCGGGAGACGCAAGUGAAGAAGGAGGUGCUGGACAAGAGAAAAGUGGUGCAGGCGCCUCCCAAGACUUCCUCACGUGUUGCCUUCAGACCGCGCAACCAGAUGGAGGAAUAUAACGUGCUGUAUUCCUUCCUUAUCCGUGGCAUUGACCAGGAGGACAUUGAGCUGCUGAAGAGGAGUUACGAGAGCAUGCUUGCGGAUGACAGUCAGUCGUACUGGCUGAACGACACCCACUGGGUGGACCAUCCGCCCAUUGAUGUGCCACUUCCACCUAGGAAGAAGAGACGGUUUGACGACCUGCCUCUGCACAAGACUGGGUGUGCCAGGACUGAAGGCAUCUACAAGGUGGACUCCAAACAGAAGCAGAGGCAUAAGUUCACGUUCCACCAGGACCACGCAGCGAGGGCGGCGGAGGAGCCUCAGCAGCAGAGUCUGGCGGUCCUGGAGUCCAGUAAGGCCAAGCUGACUCAAAUGGCUGUCAGCAGGGAGGUGCGCUCCUUCCAGAGACGACUCCUCACCGCCUUCGGCAAUGAAACUGACUCUGAUUUGCUCAAGUUCAAUCAACUCAAGUUCCGUAAGAAGCUGCUGAGAUUUGGGAAGUCCCGAAUCCACGACUGGGGUCUCUUUGCCAUGGAGGCGAUCGGGUCAGACGAGAUGGUGAUUGAGUAUGUUGGGCAGAGCAUCCGGUCCAUCAUUGCUGACCUGCGGGAGAUUCAGUAUGAGAAGAUUGGCAUUGGAUCCUCCUACCUGUUCAGGAUUGACAUGGAGACUAUCAUUGAUGCAACCAAGUGUGGCAACCUGGCGCGCUUCAUCAACCAUUCUUGUAACCCCAACUGCUAUGCAAAAAUCAUAUCUGUGGAAACCCAGAAGAAGAUUGUCAUCUACUCCAAGCAGCCGAUAGCAUGCGGCGAGGAAAUCACCUACGACUACAAGUUCCCCAUCGAGGAGGAGAAGAUCGUGUGUCUAUGUGGUGCUGCUCAGUGCAAGGGAACACUCAACUAAGGGCAGCCGCAGGGUGAGGUACAAAGGGUCAGCUGUAUGAUGGCAAUGCUGGUGAUGUUACUCAGACCUUUAAUGCAGUGGCCUCCUAAUGCUUCUGAUGAGGAAGAGAGUGAAAAUAGGUGGUGGUAGGUCAUUGUCAGAGAUGCACUGAUGGUGAAUAAGUACAUGAGUAGUGAGUAUUUUGGCUGUUGCAGUAAAGGGAAAGAAAGGAUUUGGGGUACCAGUAUGAGAUAUAUAUGAAUGAAUGAAUGUAUAAACAGCUCCCUCAGACAGUGGAGAGUAAUGGGAACAAAUCAAGCUUUCAGGCACAGGAAGGAACAAAUAGCAGUGAAUACUAAAUAACCACUCCAAAGAAAACUACAGUGUUGUGAUGUUACUGCAGUGAAGUGAUAGAAACACAGCAGUUAAGUGGCAAUGGAACGAUUGAAUGCAAGGCCCAACCAUGUGUUUUCCCAGCUGUGCCCUUACAUGUAAAGGGAGGCAUCAAGGUGGACUCUGAUGGGGACCUGAAAAAUAUAACAAACCUUGAAUUUUUAAAGCUUAUUACUGAAACACCACUACAAGGGAUUUAUGGAUUAGUUACUGUACAUUUUCUCUUUUCUGCAAUGGCUGUGUGGAACGCAACAAGUCAGAGAUGAUGCAGUGAUGUACCAGUGGCAUGACCACCAUCUGGGCAUGUAAUGGUCUUGUGUUUUCUUGAGGUGUGUCGUCAGGGGUGUGUGAAUCUUGACAGACCAGAGAUUGGCUAUUACCUUUCAUAACUACAGGUGUGUGUUCUAGCCAAAGUGAAUCUUGAUGAACCAGGGAUGUCUUGUAGAGAUGAACCAUUACCAUUCAUAACUGUGUGAUCUUCAAGCAGGUGUGUUUUAAGUAAAGUUAACAUUGAACCAGGGAUGUCGUGUAGGGAUAGAGCCACCUGGACAUGUAUCAAUUAGCAGUCAUACCUACCUGUGUGUGGAGGUGUGAAGUAGGUGUGUGUUGUUUGGAAAGGUGACACUGCUGAGUAUAACCAUCAUGCAGAUUAUUGGAGUCGGUAUUCCCCCAUAUCAUGACUGGCGUGCUCUAGGGUGGCAGUAGUAAUGACAUUUGAGUUGUGUUUCCCGGUGUGUGUGACACUGACGCAGCCUGAUGCGCACCACGACUGGCUAAUUAAAGUCUAUAUAUAUUCUCGUAUACCAAUCUUAUGACCAAUUACUAUACAUACAUACAUACGCUGUUAUUUUCUACUGUGGAAUAUCUUUAAUCAAAUUCUCAUCUUCCGUUUACUAUCUAAUAACAUUAAUUUUAUAUGCUACAUUUGUAUAAACUUGUGUAUGUAUCUUAGAGUAGCAAACCAGAACGCCACCACUGACUACCUACCGACGUUAAAGAAAGAAACUUAAGGCAACUAUUUUCUCAAUGCUUCCCUGAAAUGCUGGAGGACUCGCGACAAAACCGAGUGACUGAAGAGGACGAGCAGAGCGAGUGGUGCAUCAGAGCCACCCAUUACCUCAUAGGGCCCACUGCAGGUCCACUUGCCACUCUAUAUUCUACCUAAUGAAUGCUUGGCGACCGGCCGUUUUAUACCACGUGGAGUAGUGAGCGCCGCAGGAGGAGAGGCUGCGUGACCCACUCCUCUUAAAUCUCAGUAACUUAUGGGUAAUUGACACUUGUAUGUACACUUUUAGUUUGUCUUCCUCAGCAGUCUCAGUUGUGUGUUAGCGUUGUAAGAGCACUCGGUCUCUUAGGUGCAUCUGUAGUCAUUGCAAAGCCACCUCUUAUGUGUAUAUAUUGCAUGUGAUAAGGUUCUUGUAUCGUGCCAAAGCCUGGAGGACCACGACCUUGGUGUGUGUGUGUGUGUGUGUGUGUGUGUGUGUGUAUGUGUCAGGAAGAGCAAGUGUCAUAUUGCAAGAAGACAGGUUCAGAAUUCAUCAGCUGCUGUUAUGUUUUAUAUGUGUCUUAUGUUGAUUCAUCUGUUUUGUUCUUGUCUUUCCAUGGACAAACAGACAGACAGACAUGGAGACAAAGAGCUGGAUUGUCUCUCCAUCAUCUGACAGUAUAUUUAGCUUUCUUAUUCGAAGAGAAGACCGUAAUUUUAAUCCCAUCUUACUGUUACCAAACUUUAAAAAACUGCCAUGUGUUAUCCCUUCUCAAACAAUCUAUUUCUGGCAUGAUAAAAAGGACAGAAUUUAAUGAUUUCACUCCCUCUAGGCAGACAAACUGAGCAGCCCCUUCCCUGAUUCCCUCAUAGGUAGUCUUGACAUCUCAUUCCUUUCAUCCAGACCAGCACAGAAGCUAUACCACUCACCUUCACUCCAUCACCAUCACUGCAUCAUGCCACCACAUCCCACAUGUAAGAGAUAGAGAGGGAGGAAGGGAGGGGUUUUGCCAGCCAGUCUGUCACCUAAACGUUUUCAUAAUCCAGUACCUUGCCUGUCCCUGUGCCUGUCCGUCUGUCUGCUAAAAGAGAACUUUUAUCUAAGUGCCAGUGUUGGUCUCAGUUGUUGUAUAGUUAGUGAAUGAAAGGAGACAGGAAUGAGAAUAAGGAAGUGAGAGUUUAUGUCAUUAUGUACCCAGGUUCCUGGCUGAUGUUUGUGUAAUAAUCUUCAUGAAAGGAAAGGAAGUUUACCUUAAAAGUGUGUGAGACUCUUCUUUGUGUUUGAUUCUGUGAAAAAAAAGGAGGAAAAUAAUGUUGAAAUGUGAUGUGUUUGAGGGUAAUGACUGAAUAUUUUGUAAUGUUAUGUCCACUCCAGUAUUACUCUCUCUCUCUCUCUCUCUCUCUGUCUCUCUCUCUCUCUCUCUCUCUCUCUCUCUCUCUCUCUCUCUCUCUCUCUCUCUCUCUCUCUCUCUCUCUCUCUCUCUCUCUCUCUCUCUCUCUCUCUCUCUCUCUCUCUCUCUCUCUCUCUCUCUCUCUCUCUCUCUCUCUCUCUCUCUCUCUCUCUCUCUCUCUCUCUCUCUCUCUCUCUCUCUCUCUCUCUCUCUCUCAUUGUAUUUUCAUGUCAUUUCUAAAGCUAGGUGCUGCUAAUCUGCCGGUGACGGAGUGGUGACUGGCCAGACAAAGAGGACCAGGGGGUGUGUGGCUCUGCUGUAUAUAUUGUAAAGGAAUACCAGACCUUUUGUUUAGGUUCCAUACUGUAAAAACACAAAGACAUUUACAUCCUUCAUUCAGAUGUGGUGAUAUAAGGUUUCAGUCACUGUAUGUAAUAAUUUCACCAUUGUGGGUUUGAUGUGCUGCACCUCACGUGUGUGUGUGUGUGUGUGUGUGUGUGUGUGUGUGUGUGUGAGAGAGAGAGAGAGAGAGAGAGAGAGGGAGUGUGGUAUUUAGUGCCGGUGUUUGUAUGUAUGUGUGUGUGUGUGUGUGUGUGUGUGUGUGUGUGUGUGUGUGUGUGUGUGUGUGUGUGUGUGUGUGUGUGUGUGUAAGGGGAAAGCUCACUCAUGUCUGCUUUAGAGGCACUCAAACACAUCAUGUCUUGCCUGGAUUUGGAAGUAACUACCUAAAGCUAAAUAACAAACACCUUGUAGCAGGACACCAGUAAACAUGAGGCUUUAAAGUUUAAGACAUACCAACUGUUGCAGAAGCUGUAACAUCAAACAAAGACAGAAUCAGGAUUUGUGAGAGACGGAAGCACUAGAGUUAUCAAAUUUUGCAAUGCCAGGAAGAGUUUAAUGGGCAUUUUUGGGGCAUAGGAAGAUGGUAGAUGAGUGAGGUGUGUGUUAGGGAGAAAGGAGGGAGGGACAUAGUUCAGUUCAUCAAAUUUCGUAAUGCCAGGAGGAAAAAUAAAGACUUCAAGAGAGAAGCAGGAGGUGGUGACUGAAUGAGGCAUGUAUGUCCUGUGUCUGCGUAUCCAGAUGUACAUAACAUAUCCAGCUUUGGCGCGUGCAAUGCCAAAGCCAGUGGGUCGUGCUGUAAUGCCUUUCACUGACAGAGUAUUGUUUCUUCAUAGUGAAGAGAUCCAUCGCAGCCCGGGACAGCAAGGGUGGCAGCGGUGGCAGGGCACAGACACUCAGGGCAUUAUGGGUCAGCUCAUCUCGUAUAUAAAGGAAACCUGUGCCCCAGUGCCCCCCUUGCCCACCCGCCACUGCCCUUGGUGUCCCGCUGGUGGCAGGUGGCGGCGUAAGAGUGGGAAGUUCGCUCCCCAGGUACAAACUAGACAUUUUUGGGCGGCGUGCAGUCCCGCCCAAGACGCAUUUCAUUUUUUUAGAUAUUGUACUAUUUAUGAUGUUUUGAGGAACUUUGUGUGGUACAGUUUCAUUGUAAUUUGUAUCAUAUGUAAAUAGACUGUGUACUUUUGUAA